GUUGGAGUUAGAGCAUUCCGCUAUAUACUUACUACCACCCUGGAUGUUGGCCAUGCUUGCAUACAUCCAUCGAUUCUAAGGAAUCCUGGCCUGUGUGCGACAGGAUCGUUUACAUUUGAAUCUCCCUAGAUCACUAUGCAUAGCCCUUCGACAUCAAGUGCGCCUUGGAGCAGCGUUUCCGACGUCAUUGUGGCCUUGCGGAAGCAUCGAUUCUGAAGUCUAAAAGCGCGUCUUGAAGAUAGCCAUAAUGUGGUGAAUUGUACCUCGAUAUGCAUACCAUGUUAUCCUUCCUACUUCCGGGUUGGCUGCUAUCUGGAUUCUACAUUUUCUGUAUCACACUUGUCGUUCUCACCUCGUACAUCUUGCAUCAACGACUCGCUGGACAUUCUCUCGCAAUAGGCCGAAUAUCACUCCCCAAACUCGCUCUCUAUGACGUAAAGUAUUCUGGCGUUCUCUAUGGUGGAACGUAUCACUUCACGUUCACCGCCGAAUCAAUCUCUUUUUGUUUCCACAUCCCAACACCCACAUUACCCCAAUGGUUUACAUUCACCUCAGAGGGAAUCUUUUACACCUCUGACACGAGUGAUAUAUCCACUGAUAACCUCUCGGCCACGUUAUGGAUCUUCCCUGUCCUCUUUCGACAAACCGCAGGCCCAUGGUGUAACGUCCAAAUGGACGGGCUGAAACUUCGGGUACAAAAUGGAAAAUCUACGCCAUACUUAAUCAAGAGACUCAGAGAGAACUUGGUUGGUGCCAUCGUGUGUGGAGAGAUCUUUAGGAUGGACGACUUUGGGACCAAGGUGUCGUUCAUGGGUCUUACUGAGAGUGCUGUCGAGGAAGGCGAUGAGAUGACCGGCCCCAAGACCAAGGUGCCGGAGGGGGAAACCGUAGACUGCAUUGGUUCUCCGGAAGGUAAGCUUCAGGAUGGUCCUCCACGGAUGGAGAAGAACCUACCUCAGAGUUUCCUUCCGAGCGACGAGGACGAGUUGCGGAUCUCUGCUUUCGUCCGAGGAUUACACCUUUACAAUACCGAAGGCCACGUAUACACCUUUGGUUCCGUCGAUGCUCAAUUCCGGAGGAACUGGACUGCAGAUCGAGGGUCUUUCGUAAUGAUUGCCAAAGAGUGUCGUUGGAUAAGAGUUCAUUGGCCAUAUCAAAGAAUAAAGGUCAUUCCUAGUUGGAUGCAACUUUUAUCAGCAGUCGUUCAGUUUCCCCGUGAUCUAGUGCACGCUUUGCAUUACCCUAUGACCGCCGUCAAUCUAUACGUUACUGAACUCGACAUCACCUUCGACGAAUUCCGGAUUCGCGACGCAGAGUUAGUCACGCAGGCGAUGUCCCUUCUGCAAGAGCGGAUGCACCUACGUGACAUACAUUGGCAGGACGUAUUGGCUGAUGCCCUUGCAGAAGCCAUACUAGGAACCUGCACAUGAACCCCGAGUGAACACACGAAACAUGCGGGACCGGGCUAUUUAUGUUAAGUAUCCAUGGACACUCUGCUUCAGAUGGACUUUAGGAGGCGGCAGAUUGUAGACUCGAGUACAUAGGUAGAAAUACAACGCAAUUGAUACACGGAACAAUGAACGACAU